CGUGCGCAUAUGUCGGAACAAUUUACAGGCUCGCCCUUCCGCCCUUGGCACCUGUCAUUCCGGGUAGCUAUCUGAGAUUUUGUUGGAGAACUAUAACUUUUGUAAUGUUUUAUGUCAUAUUUAUCUUGACGAGAAUGUAUAGAAUCUUAUAAGGAAUCGUGCGUGUGGUAUAUUUGUAAAAAUCAUAGAAAAUAGUGCACAAAAAUGCAGACGGAACAAUAUGACGCGAACACGUGCAAGGGCGAAUUUUAUAACGCGGCUGCGAAAUAUUGGGACCGCAUUCCACCUACGGUGGACGGAAUGCUAGGAGGAUUCGGAUUUAUCUCGCAGACUGACAUAAAAGGCUCUAUGCAUUUCUUAAAAUCUCUUUUCGAGUUGGAAAAUCCACCUUCGAGAGCAUAUGCUUUAGAUUGUGGGGCUGGUAUUGGCAGAAUCACCAAGAAUUUAUUAAUGAGGAAUUUUAAACGCAUAGAUUUAGUCGAACAAAAUCCCAAGUUCUUAGAGGUAGCAAAAAUCUCUUUGGAAAACCAUUCGUCGAGAAUCGAUCAGUAUUAUCCUAUUGGCUUGCAAGACUUCUGCCCUGCAGCAAAUAAAUACGAUCUUAUAUGGUGCCAAUGGGUAUUGGGACAUUUACAGGAUGAUGAUUUAGUAGAAUUUUUCAAAAAGUGCUCAUUGGGUUUAAAAAAUAACGGUGUACUUGUGGUGAAAGAAAAUAUUACAAGUUCCAAUAAUAUAGAAAUUGAUGCAGAGGACUCCUCUGUAACCAGACCAAUGAAAUGUUUACAAUUUCUGUUUGAAAAAGCUGAUCUUAUUUGUGUUAAGGAACUACGACAAACUAACUUUCCACGUGGUUUAUUUCCAGUUCACAUGUUUGCUCUUAGACCAAGAAAUCAUUGUAGUGUCGAAUUAGUCAAUGACACAUAGUAUACAAAUCAAAUAUAUCAUUAUGCUAAUUGUUUUUCCAUAAUACUUUCUUAAAUAGAUCUGCUUAAAUUAUUUGUAUAAUUAAUUUCUUAAAAAUAUUACAAGUGUUGAGACAAAGAAUUUUGAAGAAAAACUUUUAUGUUGUGUAUAAUUUAUGUGUGUGUAGGAAAAGAAAAUAAAUGAUUAGGACCACAGGAUUAAUGAUAAAUUAAUGAUUUUAUAAAAAAAAUUAUCUUACAUUUAAUUACAUUAAGUACACAUUCAGCAGUUAUUCGUCGCAGGAAUAUUGGAAGAAUUUGUAAUUUGCACUGUUAUAUUCUUCAAGUAAAGUUUUAUAUAAAAAAGUAGAGAUUUAUUUUGGCCGUAUCUUUUCGUACAUAAAGCGUUGAUUUGCAUCUUGAGGGGAAGCAUUUAUAAGUCGUCUUUUUACAGCAUGAAAAUGUUCCAAAGCGAAAUUAUACAAUUCAUUUUCCAUUUUCCAGACAACCGACUGCUGAAUCUUCUCUACUGUCUCAGCUAAUGGAUUGAGUUUUGAGUAGUUUGUCGUAAAUGUGACUUGUUGUCUAAAGUUAAAAAAAGUAUUAUAUUUAAUGUGAUUUAUAAUAUGUUAACUGUGAUAAUCUCUUGAAUAAAGGAAAAAUAUGUGUUGUGCUGUGAUUUCGAAAAAUUUUUAAUAAAUACUCUCAAAUUACUA